AUGAGGUGUCGAACGAGCCAACAACCGUAUCCAAUUUACACAACCGUUUUAUGUUGUCCCAAACCUGAAACGCCACCCGGAACGACGAGAACGAAAUUAAUACAAACAAUGUUUAGAGAAUCGGAAGCGCAAACGGAACCGUAUGUAGUUGAUAUACCAGAUAACGUAGAUAAGGGACUUGAAAUAUUAACGUUAGGUUGGUUGUCGUGGAACAAUGGAUUGCCCGCUGGCAUGAAUGAAAUAAUGACCAUUGAAAGAGCACGGCAAAAAAGAGCAUGGGAAGCUGCUUUGCCGAUACCUUUGGAUCAAACGAGCAUGGAAUUAAGAAGAAUGAUCAUAGAAGCAAUUGAAAUUAACGAAUGGAAAUAUCGCGAAGAAGUCAUGACCGCCAUGAAUUCGAUAAGAAUGGAAUUGGCAAAAAAAGUUAUGAAGGAAAAAUGUAAAAAAAAUAAAGAGAAAUACGAAUUAAGAAUAAAUAAUUAUAUAGAUAUAAAAAAAAGUGAUAAGAAUAAGAAAAUUUUUAAAUUAAGGUUGGCUUUUAACAGGCAAAUGCGUAAACUCAUUUCAAACAAGAACAAAAUUAACUUCAAGUAUCACAGAUCGGAUAUAAUUACACAAUUCACGAGUAAAACAUCGGAAUUAUAUGCUCCGCAAUUAAGGUUCGGAGAAGAUCCUAGAAAUUGGCACGAAAAAAUACCAUUUAAUUUUCAAUUUUAUUCUGUUUUUAAUAAGCUCGAAGUCAUGCAUCAAACUCUCGCGGAUGUUCCCUUUUCUCUGUUGCCCGCAUUCGAUUUUAAAAAUAAAUCGAAACCUAAGGAUAAAAACGUCAAAGAUCUUUGUAUACGAUUGACUAAAUGGACGGAACAAAAUUUGGAAACUUUGUACGACGAAUUGAAAAGUAUACGAUGGAAACGAUACAACACGCCUAAACCUUGUUAUCUCAAAAAGAAAAUACCUGUUAUGGUGACCGAUUCCGAAAUACCAUCUGUUACGGGCGUUUCAGAUGACGAAGAAGACAUGUUUCAAGCUUGUUUGUUUCUACAAAAAACCAUCAAAGGAAGAGCCAUUCAAGCAGUCAUGUUCGAAGGACGUGUAAAAUGUCAAGAAUUAAUUGAAGAGCUUAAAAGUACUCAUGCUUUGCAGAGUCACAAGGAAGAUGAAAAGGGACAAUUGAGAAGGAAAAUAUACGGAUUGCAAAGACAAGCCGAAAUCGAAUUGAUGCAGGAAAAGAAAAAGAACGAAAUUUUAGCCGCUCUGGAAGGAAAAACAACCGGAGAAAUGUUAGACUUUUUAUCCAAAGAAUUAUUACGAUUGCAAAACGAAAGGCAAACCCAUGCUCUAGCCCUGCUUGCGGAUCAAGAGAGACACAAGAGAGAAGCUAUGGAAGCUGGAAGACGUCAAUUGGAAGAACAACGUAAAAGAGAACACGAGGAAAUGUUUAAACAAAUUAUUAAACUCCAUCAAAAUUCGGUUCGAUCGUUCCUCGAAGAAGUUUUUGACGAAUCGCAAAGUUGGGUGUCACAAAGGAACGCCAGAGAAUACGUUACAGAUCUAGCAAAGAAAAUUGAUCAAGCGGCAAUGGCAACUACCAUGGUUCCCAUAUUUACCAGAUGUGACGAUUUAAUUGAAGAAGAAAUAAUUGCUGAUUUAGUACAUAAUUUUGCUUUACCGGAAGCUGAAAAAAGAAUUGUCAGACAAAGAAUGAAUGCGAAACAAAGGAAUUACCUAAAAGUUUGCCACGAUGAAGUUUAUUCUAAUAUAGAAAAAAUAACGCAGGGAAAAAGAACAGAAAAGGGACAAUUGAUACCCCUACCAAGAUCAGACGUACAUAAAAUCCCUCCUCAAGUUCGUGUCAAAUACCGUCAUUUAAAAAGAACUCACGAUACUAGUUCUUCGACAUUAAAUUCAAUGCUUUCGGCUGGAUCUGUUGUCGACGAACAAUUUAUGGCAACCUAUAAAAUGAACGCUGAACAAAAACAAAUAGCAGAAAGAGAAAUGUGGUCUUCUGGUUUUUCAAGGCAAGAAGUUAUACUUAAAAACGAUAAAGUUGACGAUGAUGAUGAUGUUCAAUGA